AUGAUGCUCUCGCCAACGACAAACGACGACGCGUUAGCCCCAACGCCUAUUAACAGCGUCGAAAGCGUCAAAAGCUCCGGCUCCCAAUCUCAAUCUCAAACUCAGUCUCACUCACAGUCACAGCCUCUAUCUCACUUCGGAGCAGCCGCAACAACCGUGGCCUCGUCAAGGUGGGGUCUUGGUGACCCGACCCCGUCGCAGCAUCUUUCCUCCGAGGCCUCGACAUCACCGGCCGAGUCGUGGAGGCUCGAUGAGUUCGUCACCGAUCCCGGCUACCUGGCCUACCAGGAGGAGUUGAGAUGUCUGAUUUUUAACACGGCCCAGACGGCUGCUCCGACGAGAGAGGGCACGCCUGAGGCCGCUGAUGGUGGUUUCGCCGCCGGAGGCUUCGCGGCCCCUGGGACGAUCUUGGGCGACGAGGGUGCUGCGCGGCGACAGGCGGGUCAAAUCCUGGGGACGGGUCGGAGGCUGGAGUAUCUCAAAAACUACGUCGGCGAGGUUGCGCCGUGGCUCGACAUGUUUGAUAGUGAUCGCGCCUUUGGGAUUCAAGUGCCCGUUCUCGCACGUAACUCUCCGGCGCUGCUAUAUGCUGUUCUAGCCUUGUCGGCCAGGCAAAUGGAACGAAAAGAGGGUAAGCAAACUUCUUUUGACAGCCUGGAGCUAUAUCAAGAAGCCAUCCGCCUCUUGACGCCCCUUCUCCAAUCCCGCGAUCAGAAGAUCAUCCCUAUCUGCACGAUUUUGUGUUGUCUGGAGAUGAUGUCUGCCAGUGCACAGGAUUGGAGGAAACACUUGGAGGGAUGCGCUGCACUUUUUGACUCUUUCUACGUCCACGGGUUCAGCGGCGGCUUGUUGCAAGCCGUCUUUUGGUGUUACGCCAGAAUGGAUCUUUGUGGUGCCCUCAUCUCGGACGGUACGGAGAGCACUCUCCUCACGCCACCCAAGUGGUUGCCAAGCGGCGCUUCCCACAACGAAGCAUACGAACUCUUCCAUCAAUCCAGAACCCCCGAUAUGCACGCCAACUACGCAGUCUACCUAUGCGCCAAAGUCUGCGAGCUUGUGGCCGACAGGACGCGAUACUUUGAACUCGGCGACGCCGACGGAUGCAACCCCGACGAGCUGACCGAGCGCUGGAUCCGGCUCUGGGAAGACCUUCAAGCAUGGGCGAGAGACCGACCACCGGAAUUGCUUCCGGUCCAGAGCAUCCAAAGCAGCCCGUUCCCACAGAUCCUCUUUCUUCACUGGGCAGCCAUCUCAUCGAACCAGCUCUACCACACGGCAUGCACGCUGCUUCUGGGAUCUAUGCCCAAGCCGCUUAACCUAAAGCUCGGCGCUACUGGCUCGGCCAUCUGGCAUGCCAAAUGCAUCUGCGGCAUAUCACUCGCGAACCCCCACCAAGGCUGUUUGAACAACGCAAUACAGCCCCUGUGGGUUGCCGGGAGGCUUCUCAGUCACAAAUCAGAGCACGCUCUCCUCGUGAGGCUCAUCCGCAGCAUCGAAGCUGUCACCGGAUGGGGACGUGCUGGAGAAUCGACGAUCUAG